GACGUCACUACAUUCACUCUAUAUUAUCUUGUGGUUAUGUUGAUAAUGAUAGUACUAGCAAAUUAAUCGUACAUUUUAGCUUUUAUUACUAUUCUUGGAUAUUUCAAUUGAUUUAUUUACUUUUAAUUUCGAACCUGAUUGAACUAUGUUGGAUUUUGCAAUAUUUGCAGUUAGUUUCGUGAUAUUUUUACUGAUUAUAGUAUUUUAUUUGUAUCCGGGUUCUGCCAAGGCAACUAGUAUUCCUGGAAUGGACCCAUCUGAUCCAAAAGAAGGAAAUGUACCAGAUAUUCUUCAAGCUGGAAGCUUGCAUAAUUUUCUUGAAAAUCUGCAUGAAGAACAUGGACCAAUAGCAUCUUUCUGGAUGGGCUCAACCUUGACAGUUAGCAUUGCAGCUCCAGAACUGUUUGAGCAACAGCUGCAUGUUUUUGAUAAACCAGUGGACUUGUUUACACUGUACAAACCUAUUACUGGAGAUGGAAGUCUGCUUUUUUCAAAUGGUACAGAAGGUAGAAAGAGAAGACAGCAGUUUGACAAGAUCAUUUAUCACAUGAACAAUGAAUCCACAUUUACCCAACUCAAAGAGUUUGCUGAUGAGUUAACUAAGAAAUGGACUACACUGCCUACAGAACAGCACAUUCCAGUUUUUCAGUAUAUGAUGGCUUUGUGUAUGAAAGCUUGUACGUACAUUGGUUUUGGUGAUUGCUUCUUGGAUGGAAAAGAAGUCUUGGAAUUUAGCCGCAACUUUGAAAUUUGUUGGAUUGAACUUGAAGCUAGAGUGACGGGAUCAGUUCCUGACCCUGAGAGUCUGAGAAAUGAAAGAUUUUUAGAAGCUGUUGAAAGAUUGCAAGAAACCAUAAGAAAGUCAUUACAUUCAAGACAGUCCAAAGAAAAGAAAAACCUAAUUUUGCUGGAUCAUCUAAUAGAACUUAAUGUACCAGAAGAACAAAUUAUCAAUGAUGGAGUGGUAUUUGUGGUGAAGCAUUAUUCUGUUGUUUGUGCUAUGGUUUGGGCCAUCUACUUUUUAGCAACACACAAGGAUGUCCAGGAAAAAGUUUACAAAGAAUUAAAAGAUGUUGUAGGUUCCAGCACUCUGUCAUAUACCGUACUUUCCAAACUUAAAUACCUUCGUCAAGUGAUUAAUGAGACUCUGCGAAUGGCAGCUGUGGAACCCUGGACUGCUCGUUGUCAAGAUCUUGACACUGAAAUUGGGGGACAUAUUAUUCCGAAGAAGACUCCAGUGAUCCAAGCCUUAGGUGUGGUGUUGCACAGUGAGAAUUACUGGAGCCUUCCUAAAACGUUCAACCCUGAUAGAUUUGAUGAAGAUGAUACAAACUCAAGAUCCAAAUUAGCAUUUCAACCAUUUGGCUUUUCAGGAAAACGACAAUGUCCAGGCUCUGAUCUGGUGUAUAUGCAGCUGGCCCUGUAUAUUUCUGUGAUCUGUACUAAGUUUCAACUCCAUCUAGUAGAUGGACAAGUUGUGAAUCCUCUUCAGCGAGUAAUUACAAGACCUGAAGAUGAAGUGUGGAUAACAAUUAGCCCAAGAUCAUAAUUAACUGUACCAUCUGAAAUAAUGACAAAAUAACUUCUUUUUUUUUUCCUAUCCCAAGCAGCCUAGUUGGAUGAAGAUGUAACAGCUAGAUUUUGUCUUGCACUCAACAGGACUUUUUGACUUUUCAGAAAAAUGUGGCUUACAGUUCUGGGAUUUAGGCUGAUGGUGUAACAAAUUCUACAAUCACAACAUGCUAGUAAUUUUUGGAUAACUGAAUUUACAUAAAAACAGUGAUGAAGUUUCCAUAAAUAGGAUCUGUAUUUUAUUUUAUACUAGUUAAUAAAUAUAAAAUCAAUGCCAA